AUGGGGCAGAAAACAUCCCAACAUUUGACUCUGAAGGACAGCCAAGAGCUUCUCAGCGUCUCUGAGGUGGUCAGUGGAGCUAUAGUUUAUGCAGCUCAGAAACUGGAGGAGUAUCUUGGAUUUGAAGAUCCUCUGAGUAAACUCCGCCCAGCUCCAAACACUCUGAAUGAAAUCUUCUUGAUCAACUUCAUCACUUUCUGCAAAGGAAAGGGAAUUGACGAAUGGCUUACCACUACCAAGAUGACAAAGCACCAAGCCUUACUGUUCGGGGCAGACUGGAUUUGGACCUUUUGGGGCUCUGACAAACAAAUAAGGCUUCAGCUGGCGGUGCAGACUCUGCUCAUGUCUUCUCUUCCUCUUAUGGAAUCCAAGCCUUGUGAUAUCUCCAAUCCAGAAUCGGGAGCAGAGGAGUCUUCCAGGAAAAAGAGUAGAUUUGAUAAGCUGGAAGAAUUCUGUAACUUGAUAGGAGAUGACUGUCUGGGCCUUUUUAUCAUCUUUGGUGUACCAGGAAAGCCUAAAGACAUCAGAGGAGUUGUUCUGGACAGUAUCAAAAGUGAGACAGUAAGGAGCCACAUGCCAGGAGGGAAUGCUGUGGUACAAUUUGUCCUGGAAACUAAACAUUGUGUCUCCAUCAGAGAGCUGCUUGGAAACUGUCUGAGUAAGAAAGAUGGGCUGAGAGAGGUGGGCAAGGUUUAUAUUAAUAUCCUCUGA